GAGACGCGGAACCCUUGUGUGGGUCGCGGGCCCGGCGGAGAAGUCCGUUGAUGGAGCGGUCCGCGGCGCUGCGCGGAGCUCGGGACGCGGCGCCAUGAGGCUCACCACGCGCGCGCUGUGCGGCGCCGCCCGGGCCGCCUGGCGGGAGAGCUUCCCCCUAGACGGUCGCGACGUGGCGCGCUGGUUCCCGGGCCACAUGGCCAAGGGGCUGAGGAAGAUGCAGAGCAGCCUCAAGCUGGUGGACUGUAUCAUCGAGGUCCACGAUGCCCGGAUAUCCUUCGGUGCUUGUGACACCGUGACUUACAAUAAGCAGCGCGCAUCUGGUCCGUGUCCUGCUUCUGGCACAGAGCUCCUCAAAGUCUUGGAAUUUCCGAAGUUUCCUUUCGAAGGUGGUCCAGUCUGCGUAACAAGACGAGGCAAAGAGACCCUUGGGCUUAAGCCUCACUUGCUCGUCCUCAACAAGAUGGACCUGGCGGAUCUGAAGGAGCAGCAGAAAAUUAUACAACACUUAGAAGGAGAAGGCCUAAAAAAUGUCAUUUUUACCAACUGUGUGAAGGAUGAAAAUAUCAAGCAGAUAAUCCCGAAGGUCACGGAGUUGGUUGGGAGCAGCUGCCGCUGUCACCGAGGAGAGAACCUGGAGUACUGCACCAUGGUGAUUGGGGUCCCCAACGUGGGCAAGUCAUCGCUCAUCAACUCCCUGCGGAGGCAGCACCUCAGGAAAGGAAAAGCCACCAGGGUGGGCGGCGAGCCUGGGAUCACCAGAGCUGUGAUGUCCAGGAUUCAGGUGUGUGAGCGGCCGCUGAUGUUCCUGCUGGACACCCCUGGGGUGCUGGCUCCCCGGAUCCAAAGCGUGGAGACAGGCCUGAAGCUGGCCUUGUGUGGAACCGUGCUGGACCACCUGGUGGGCGAGGAGACCCUGGCUGACUACCUUCUCUACACCCUCAACAGGCGCCAGCUCUUGGGGUACGUGCAGCACUAUGGCCUGGGUGAGGCCUGCGACGACAUCGCCAGUGUGCUAAAGCGUGUGGCCGUGAAGCUGAGGAAGACCCAGAAGGUGAAGGUGCUGACGGGCACUGGUGACGUCAACGUUGUCCAGCCCAACUACCCUGCGGCCGCCCGAGACUUCCUGCGGGCCUUCCGCAGCGGGGUGCUGGGCCCCGUGAUGCUGGACCGGGACCUCCUGCAGGGCCCCCCUGCGGCGGAGCCCUGACUAGUCCAGCAGGAGGGCCUCGCGGCUCCAAGGCCAGGGGUGGGCACCCGGGAGUCCCCUGUCCACAGGCUCCUUGCUGGUCACUGUAUACUCCCCGGUCUCUGCUCUAGGAAGGAGGCCAUGCCCUCCUGCUGCCCAGCCCAGCCCCUGGUUACAGGGGACUGAGCCUGGGUGUGGACAUCAGGGCAGUGGACGUCCCUGGGUUCCUGGCGGGGGGAGGAAACUCACUCAUGUUCAGUAUCUCCUAAAUAUUCUCUUGAGGAGAAGCUGGUGUUUUCUCAGAAGGAGUUGAAAGUGUAAUCUGUAAUUUUAAAAUUAAAAGGCCUGUCUCUGUG